AUGCAAAACUCAGCCAACAAGCAAAGCCUCGCUCUGGCCAACACGGUCAAAGAAAAACUCGCCUCUCGGGAAGUCAUGGUUCAGAGGCAAGCCAUUCUUGGGUUGUACAAUGAGAUUAAAAAUCCAAAUACACCUCCAUCAAUGGCAAAUGAUAUUGUUCAAUUGUUGGUUUCUAAUGUUAAGAGUAAAAAGUCAAAUCGGACUGUGGCUACUUGCUCGCUGGAUGUUUUGGUGAAAAUAUUUACGGAAUUGGACGUAAAGAGUCAUCAUCACAUUAAGGACAUUCCCGUUCAAAAUGCUGUUGAGCAGUUAUUGAAGUUUGCUAUUCAAAUUCAUCCUGCUUUAGUUCCACAUUUAACACGAUCGGUGGUGGCAAUUUAUUUAGGCAAAUUCAUGACCGAACAUCACAACGACAGCCAUCAUUCAAAGACAUCAAAGGAAGUCACACGGCUCUGUAUGAAUUUAACUUCGGGUACAUCAGGCUCUCCGUUGGUAAUGCUCAUUCAAAAUCGUAAUGAAUGUCUUGUUGAAAUUUUGAACCAAUUAUUCUCAUAUUUGACCAACUCGGAAUACCAAUUUGCUAAAUUAUUUAGAUUUUUCUCUCCCCUGUUUUGCCAUAUCCUCACAAAUAGACACUUAUUUCAUUCUGUGGAGACAAAUGAAAUUCGCCACGAACAAUAUGAAGAAGAUGAGAGCUUACCCUCUGAUAAGUCCAUUCCAAGAAAUAUAAUGGGAAGUGGAACAAUGUUGCGAACAGAUACUAUGAGCUCAACCCAUUUAAAGUUGAAGCUUUUGACUGAAUUGAGAGCGGUAAUUCUUUUCAAAACUCAGAAAGCGCUGUCCUUUGAUGCAGAAACUGAUGAAGAGAAAAAGCUCAAAGCUGGCUUAUUGAAGCAAGCCUACUCUAUAGUAUUAUAUUUGGUCCACUUUUUACCUGCAUUUGGAGUUGAUGUUAAUUCUGAUGUUGUAACAACAUGUCUUUCACCUCUGAAAACUGUACUUGAUCUAGUGUUACAAUUUGAUUCGAUCUUUGCAUCGCUUGAAGCAGAAGAUCCAGAUUUUUGUGAAACCUAUCUCAAUACUCUUGGAAAUGAAUUUGAACAAAUUUCUGUUAUUAGAUCUAUAGUUUAUAGACAUUUUAUGUCUUUGUAUAUUGAGAUGAAUCAUCACCAGGUGGAUAUAGAAAUGUAUUUUAAUUAUUUAUUUGAUAUUGUCAAGAAUAGCUUGGAACACUUUGUUGAGUUUAUCCCAAUGAUCUGUAAUUCUAUAGUUAAUGCUGAAACUGAAAUCGAAAUUAAUUCAUGGAUGAAAAUUCUGAAAGAGCUUGUAACUUUACUUACAGAAAAUUUAGAUGAUUUCGAAGAAUUUUUCAACAGUUUAAACACUAGUCAUCGAAAUACUUCCUUCGGAGGAUGCUCAUUUAACGUGAUUGUUACAACCAAUUUGCUAUACCCAAUGGUUGUGUUAUUACAUACAGCAACAAGUGGCACUGAAGCAAAUCGAGCGAUUUCUUUUAGAUGUAUUCAGAAAAUUGAGUCCUUCAUCAAAGGAAAGUUUUCUGUUGACCUAAUUCGAGCAGAAAAUCCAACUGAUAACGACGAUGACCAACAAACCCAAACCGAUAGCAUUUUAUCCAAACUUGGUGACAUCUUACCAGUGUUUCAACGUUAUGAGAUUGCCAUGUUAUCAUGCCACUACAGAUUAAUGGCCAAAAUGAUGCAUCAAAGCAAUGAACAGAUUAAUGUCAAUGAAGAGUUCCUUGUUCAGUGGCUGUAUUCUGUGAUUAGCCUUAUUCCAAGAAAUUCUGAAGCCAUUGACAACGCUACCUAUGUUUGCAGCACGAUUGGCAUGCUAUUCUUGUUAUCAAGACGAGAAUUUUGCAACAGAGAGUAUAUUCGAAUGCAAAUCGUGAAAGCCAUUGAAUCACUGACAUCUGAGAUAAUAACGCUAAAGGGAGGCCUAUUAUUGCAACCAUUAGUAUUUUAUGAAUUACCCAAAGAAACAAACACAUCGUCAACCAUUGCUCUGAUGAAGCUACUACCAAAGCUAGGCACCAAAAACGAUGUUAAUGUUACUCCAAUCGUGAAAAUUCUAAGUAAUAUGAUGUACAAUAAGGAUCUAUUGCCCAGAGUCAUUAGGUUGUUCACCGAGUUGUGGAAACAAAAUGAGAAAUUUUUCACCAAGCUGAAAGGAUUUUUAUUUUCCUUUUCCAAGUACAUCCAAAGUGAUUCCAAUAACCAGAUCGUACAGAUUGAAAAUUAUGACCACUUAUCAAACUUUGACAUUGAAACACGAUUAGCCUUAGCUUGCUCUGCCUACGAAGUUUGUACUUUGAAGAUUGAUAAGGGAGCAGAAUUGCUGCCUUUAAUUACUAGAAUGCUAUGCCAAGAGAACAACGCAACAGUUCUUGGUUAUGCGCUUAAGGCAAUAACAAUUCUUUGUCAGAACCAUGUUGUAGACUUUUACACCGUUUGGUAUAAAGUCAUUCAACAAAAUGUAUUGGCAAAUGCUGAACACAGUUUUGAGGUGAGGAGGGACAUGUGCCAAUUCUUCCAAUGCUCUGUUGAGCCUAUUUCAUUUGAUAACAUGACUGAAAAUCAAAAGAAGGCAAGAGAAGAUGACGAGUUCAAUUUAUUUGUUGACUAUGACUCGCCACACAAGCAUGAAGUCAAAGAAAUUAUUGAUAUUUUAUGGACUCAUACUUGUGACGACAAUGAACAAGUAAGAUUAGCUGCAUUUAAAACUUUGAGCAUGUAUCCUUUGCAUGUGAUGCUUUAUGCUAUGAAAACUGAAGAGAGUGACGAUGAAGAUACACCUCAACAAAUAGGAUCUGAAGUUCUAGAGCAACGUGAAGAAAGCAUCUUUGCAAAGCAAGAAAUUAGACGCGGUUGGCUGUUAAAUCUGUGUGCUGUCUUAAUAGAGAGGCUGCAAGUUGAAACUUCGAAAGAUGUCAUGCUCGCUGCAACUCCAAUGAUUCAGCAUGUGCUUAAGGCAGAAUUAAGAAAACCAAAAAACACUUCAAUCGUUUCGAAGGACAAAAAGGCCAGCACUCAAUCCAUUGGACUCACAUCAUUUGAGAAAUUUGAUUCAUUGGCUGACUUUGUAGUGAAGCAAUAUGAAAGUAAGAAGAAUAUGCAAGUCACAGCUCCCGCUGUAUUAUGGCAAGGAAAUUUGGCAAAGGCCAAACCUCCAAUUCCUGAGACAGAGGCAUUCAAAAGACUGCUGAGCGAACUUGCGAUGGAUAUUGUGGUUGGCAGCAGUCCAGAGGACUUCUUUUCCCAGCUCAUUCUUACUCAAGGCUUCUUCUCCAUGUCUCGUGACUAUUUCUUUACGGCUGUAGAGUCUUUCAGAGACAAAGAUUCACAAACUCAUUUUGAUGAUGCUUUUGCAGCAGUCUUUUCUAACCUUAAAACCAGCAUUGACCAGAGCACAGUUCCUUCAACCACUGGAAAUUAUAUUUUGGCUCUUGCUGGAUUGUGUUUGGCUCUUCCAAUUAAUGCUCACCAUCAUGUGUUGAAGAUUAUAGAACUUGUUACAAAGAAAUUAUCAUCUUCUAAUGAAACACAGGAAGACAUCAAAUACGCUUGUAAUAUGGUCCUCGCAAGUGCGUCCUUUGAAAUUCACAUUUUUUCUCAGUUGUACGAUUUAACCAAAAUUUUACUGUCACAACUUCAUGGAAUGGUAAACGAAAACUCUAAUCAAGACAUUUCAUCAGCAUCACCUGCGAUAGCAUUAGGUAUUAUUGUCAAAAAUCUUUGCUUAUCCAAGUCAGACAAUUAUGAAAAAGGGUUGCAUCUCUUGCAUUACAUUGCUAACAACUUGUUCAGUUUAUGCUUUAACGAUAGUAGACAAUUAUUUGUACCUCAAUCAGAAGAUGAGAAGCAGAAACACACUGAAGCUUUUAAACACAUUAAGAGUUUCAACUUUAACUGGAAGCAAAAAUCAAACUUAUUGUUCGGAAUGGCACAAGUAACAGAUACUCUCAUUCGUGUAGGGGAAAUUGAAGCAGCAAAUACCAUUCUUAAUGAGUUAAAAAAAGAACAACAAGUUGUCGAAAAAUUCAUUUCUGAUCCAAAGAGCGUGGAUUCCAAUUUGUUGGAAAUUUGCAUUCCAAGCUGUAUGGUACUAUCACAAAUUGUACUUUCUCUUUACCAUUGUAAUGAGAUGAAUUCCGAACAAGUUGGAGAAUAUCUCGACAUGUAUGAUGUUUUGCUUCAAAAACUCGAGGGUAAGAACCUCUCAUCCUAUCUUCGACUGUACAUGUAUGUCAGUGCUGGUUAUGGAUCAUUAUUAUUUGGUGCCUUAUGUGAAACUGUAAGAAGAGGAGAAGAAGAUCAAGAAUCUGGCAAGCAUUUCAGAAGAUUGUAUCUAGAAAAAUUUACCAAUGCCAUUACGCAAUAUGAAGACGUAUAUUCGCAAGGAGAUUCAUCACCUUAUCAAAUAGGUAGUUUGCUAUUCCUUGCAUGCAUGCUUGGUGUUGAUUUAUUCUCACCAAUUUCCAAAUCAAAAUCAGAUGACAGUGACGUGUUUGGAUUACAAUCUUCAGAGAAAAGGCCACUCUCCAUUUCAACUUACAGAAGUAUCUUCUUUAAUAAGAUUUUAUUACCAAAAAAUUCUAUCAAGAAAUUAGCAAGUAGAGCUAUCGAUAUUUUCAGAAGUUCAAGUACAGAGCCAAAACUUUCUAUUAAGGUCAGAAAAUAUUCGUCACUCUUUGCUGGAAUAUUUUCAAGUAUUUACAAGACUGAAGAUCAUGUGUUAGAGAAUGCAGAUAGAAUUCCUGUUAAAUAUUUAAGCGAGAGUGGUUUGGUUGUGUACUUUGUGCAACAAUUGACAUUGUUAGAAAAAGAAGAAUCGUUGCAAACCAAACUUCAAGAAAAUUCAGCUCUUCAUAAUUUGUUAUGGACUGAAAAACUUCCCAAGCUUACUUGGUCAAAAGUAAUCCUUGAUGUUUUCAGAAGAUCUACUUCAUCGAAUGGUGAUGAAAUUUCUCAAGACAUACAAAAGAACUGCAUUAGGUUCUUCUGUAAGGACGCACAAGGAACAACAUCCUCUUCUAACAGCAUUUCAGCAAUGUCAAGUUUGUGUGAGCCUCAAUCUUUCCUUUCUUUAGCUAAACCUGUACAGCUUGAAAUUGCAAAUAUUUUCCCACAGCUUAUUGCCAUGUUUCCACCUUCUAGAACUUGCUCAUUAAUUUAUGACUGGAUUAAUCUGACUUUUGUGACCAAACAAAUCGAUGAAUCGAUUAUUUUCAACGCCUUGAAGAAGUUACAUCAGUGUGAAGUGAAAAGUAACUUGGCUAGCGUGCGAAAAUAUGUUGAGGACGAAGUGCUUGCAAUUAUUGAAGACAAGAUUGCCAAUUUGGUAUCCGAUCGAUCUCUGGAAUUGUUGAAUGUCAAAAGCAACCCUUCGAAUUCGCUGAAAAAUCCAUUUUCAAUUUCCAUUUCAGUCCAAGUUGGAGAUAGAGCAAUGAAAAUGAUCGAACAGUUUGCUCAAGUAUUGAUUUGCAACAAUUUAACAAGUCACACCCUCAUUACUCAUUCACACAUUUAUGAGAAUAGCGACAAACUGCUCGUUAAUUUAUUAUUGAGAUGUCAAUAUGCCAAAUUAACCGAUGAUAUUUCUCCAUUGAAACUUUUAAGACAAGCCGCAGUGAAUGGCUACCAAACAGAGUCACAACAAUCUGUGAAUAACAUGCUAACAUCUAUUCUCACUUGGAUCACUUCAGAAGUUUUGGACUCACACAUUUCAUAUUCCAACAGAAGAAAAUUUGUACAAGACACCAUUGCCAUGCUUUCCUUUGUGUUUAAUGAUUUAGAGUCGGCCUAUUUUAACACGUAUGCUUCCUCCAUCCCAAUUCCAUUUGCUUUGGAGAACUUACAGAGAUCACUACUAUUCUUGUCUAGUAUUUCACUCAUUCUUGGUGUUGGUGACAUUUUUGCAUUCCAACAUGCGCAUGAUACCCUGUUGAACAACAGAACUGUGACCAUUGAAACAUCAAAUUUGGAUUUGCGUUUGCUCGUUCAUGGACUUGCAACCUCUUUUAAAAACAAACAACUCGAUUCAAGCACUGAGCACAGUCUCAUGUCACGAAUGUACUCCCUUCUAGCAAACUUCUCAGUGGCGUCACACGCAACAAAUGUGAGUGUCGAUCAAAAAUCCAGCAAACAAACAUCUUCCAGCAAGAACCAAAAAUACGAAUCGGCCAAAGAAGCUCUUGAGAAAAUUUUGUUCGAUUUUAUUGUACCCUUGCUGGCCCAAAUAAGAAUGCUAAGAGAUGACCAACAAGUUUCCUUGAAUCAAAUUGGGGGCCUUUUGGAAAAUCAUGCUCUUAAAAUGUGCAGCAAGCUUCAAAAAUAA